GCUACCAUGGCCUACUGCCAGCAGGAAGGGAAGGAUCAAAUCAUAUUUGUGACCAAAGAAGACCACGAAAGUCCCAGCAACGCAGAGCUGGUGGUCGACGACCCCAAUGAUCCCUAUGAGGAGUACCGCUUGACACUGCCAAGUGGAGAAAUUAACUGGAAUUGCCCGUGCUUUGGGGGGAUGGCCAGCGGUCCUUGUGGAGAAUCCUUCAAAUCUGCCUUCGCCUGCUUCCAUUACAGCACGGACGAAAUCAAGGGGUCAGAUUGCGUAGAGCAGUUCCAAGCCAUGCGGGAGUGCGUGCAGACGUAUCCAGCCGUCUAUCCCCAAGAGGAGAAUGAGGCCAACGGUGAGAACAAGGAUGAGGACAAGGGAAACUUCUACGAGGAGGGCAAGGAGGGCAAGGAGGACAAGGAGGACAAGGAGGACGAAGAUGGCGAGGAGGGCGAGGAGGACAAAGAAGAGAGUGAGGAGGAGGAGGAUAACUACUACGAUAGCUACUAUGUGAAGGGAGAGGAAGACGAUGUCUACUACGAAGGGGCUGAAGAGUGGGAGAGCGACUAUUACGAAGAGGGCGACUUCUACUAUGAGGAGGAGGAGGAAGAUGAGAACAUCUACUACGAGAUUGACUACUAUGGGGAGGAGGAGGAGGAGGACGAGGAUGUUUACUACGAGGUUGGCUACUACGAAGUGGAGGAAGAAGAGGAGCCAGCACAAUCGGUGGAGGAAGCAAUUGGCACUGAGGCCUCUGCUGCCACCAAGCAGUAGCCAAGUAUCUAGAAGUCCCAGUCCCCAGCUGCCGCCGCCCUUUUGCUUAAGCCUCAGGACUUUCUGCACAAUAACCGCCUUCCGAUAGCCCUCCACGAAAGCACCUUUCCCUCUGCUGUUCUACGCUCUGUCCUAUAGACAAUAACUUACCUUGAUGAUCAGGGGUCUUGGCGGCUUGCCAUAUACCCUGAAGAAAAGCGGUGUGUGUGGUGUGCGCCUGCACCCUACAUAAACCUACCCCCAGCACACUAGGUCGCUGCUCAACUGUCCUCUCGAGUGCCCUGGACUUUGCUGCCUUGAAAAAAAAAACG